CAUAAAAUGGAUACUACCUUAAUGUUUGUAGCUGUUGGCGAGACCUUGGUAGGGAUCUUAGGAAAUGCAUUCAUUGCAUUGGUAAACUUCACAGGCUGGAUCAAGAGUAAGAAGAUUGCCUCUAUUGAUUCAAUCCUCACAAGUCUGGCCAUGUCCAGAAUUUGUCUACAGUGUAUCAUCCUAUUAGAUUGUUUCAUAUUGGUGCAGUAUCCAGACACCUACAACACAGGUAAAGAAAUGAGGAUCAUUGACUUCUUCUGGACACUCAGCAACCAUUUAAGUGUCUGGUUUGCCACCUGCCUCAGCAUUUUCUAUUUCUUCAAGAUAGCAAACUUCUUCCACCCUCUUUUCCUCUGGAUAAAGUGGAGAAUUGACAAACUAAUUCUCAGGACUCUACUGUUGAGCUUUGUCCUGUCCCUGUGUUGUAGCCUUCCAGCCACUGAGAAUUUGAAUGAUGACUUCAGAUCUUGUGUCAAGACAAAAUGGAGAAUAAACUCUACUUUGAGAUGCAAAGUAAAUAAAGCUGGACACGCUUCCGUCAAGGUAUAUCUCAACCUGGUCAUGCUGUUUCCCUUUUCUGUGUCCCUGCUCUCAUUUCUUCUCUUGAUCCUCUCCCUAUGGAGACACACCAGGCAUAUGCAGCUCAAUGCAACAGGGAACAAAGAUCCCAGCACAACAGCUCACAGAGCCAUAAAAGCAGUAAUCUCCUUCCUUGUCUUGUUUGUUGCCUACUGUCUGGCAUUUCUCAUAGCCACCUCCAGCUACUUUAUGCCAGAGUCUGACUUGGCUGUAAUUUGGGGUGAGAUGAUAUCUCUGAUCUAUCCCUCAAGCCAUUCGUUUAUUCUAAUCCUGAGCAACAAUAAACUAAAACAGGCAUCUGUGAAGGUGCUUUGUAAAGUAAAGGCUAUGGUAAUGGGAAGAAACUGUUAA